GAACAUUACAAUUCAACUCACAAUCUCUCUCUCUCUCUCUCUCUCUCCCCCUCUACCUCCCUGUCUCGCCGUACGGGAGCUGUUUGAUCCUCGUUCGCAGCUGUUCGGAUUCUUCGCCGGAAAUUGUAUCUGUGGUUGCGAGCACCUUGCGUGUUGAGCGCCGGCGACGGAUUCGGGGAGCUUCCGGGUGAAGGUAAGAAUCUGCGAAUCUCGCUGCAAAUUUUGGGUCUUUCGAUUUUCGUACGGUUUGGUUCGUUCUGUUUCAGAUCUGGUGAUGCUUGGUUUGGUAUUCGUAUUGAUGGAGGAAGGGACGGGGUUUUUGGUGAGUUUGGCGAUGAAUUGAGGUGAGUUUUGAAUUGAAUUUGACGGAUAUGUUUGAAAUUUAGGGUUUUUUGGUUUAUUGAAUAUGGAGGAGGGCGCGAGAUCUUGUGAACGUUCGGGGACCGUAGUGAAGAGUAGGAACUCCUCUGGAUGUUUAAUUGUUAGGAAGAAAGGGGAUGGGGUGAGUGGGAUUGGUUCUUCGGGGUCCAGGAAGGUUUUUGAAUCGAAGAAAGAGAAGAAGAGGCCUAGAUUGAUUCCCAGUGAUUCAGGAUCGAGUGACGAGCUUCUUUUGGAGCCUUUCCGUGGAAGCAUUGGUCACGGAGUGAAUCAAGUACAUAAUGGUUCAAUUGGUUUUGAUAAGGGUCUUAUAGAGGAGAGUAAAAUUGGUCGGAAGAGGAACAGGUUGGAGCAUGUUAAGCGGAAUAGGGUAGUUUGUGGGAAUGAUGAGGGUGGGAUGGAAACUAAGAGAAGUAAGUUAGAUGUGUUUGAGUUUAACGAGUAUGAUGGAAAUGAGAUGAUGGAUGAAGACUUGGAUGAGGAUGAACUCGAUGGGAGAAGGUUUUUGGGUUCAAAAUCAAUGGCAAGAAGUGGUGCCCUGCGGGCAUUUGAGACUGGUUCUAGUAGACAUGCUGGAGUUGACAGGAAAAAGCAUUCCUUUUUUGACAGUGGUGACAGCUUAUCUGGUGAAAGGAAUAGGGGAGCUGAGUAUUCUAAUAAGAAUAGGUUUGAGAUGAAGAGGGAUGGGGCUGCUCGGCUUCCAGAUUCAUUGAUAAGAGAGAAGUUGAGGGUUCCUUCAGAUGAAGCAAUUAGGCUGCAGGGAAAGAAUGGUGUUUUGAAGGUGAUGGUAAAUAAAAAGAAUAAUGUGGGUGGAUCCACGAAAAGUUAUGAUCGCCGGAAAGUUGAAGAAAACAGAAAAGAUUCUAGCUUGGGUGAUACUGCCAAAGGUGGUUUAUUGAUUCAUCCUUCGUCUUACUCAGAACCAAAGCUUCUCGAGAAACCCGGCUCUGCCAUUAGGACUGAGAAAGGUCAGUUGAAUGUUCGAAAAUCAUUGCCAAGUAAGAAAAGUAAGGCAGGUGAUUCUGAUUCAGAUGACAGUGAUGCAUCAUUGAGGUUGGCAUCAGACAAUGUGGGAACCACCAGUGUUUCUACGGCAAGGGCAAGGUAUGGGGGAGGAAGAACACAUCAAACUGCAAAGCUUUCUCCACCAAGAUGCAAGGAAGGAAAAGUUAGGCGUGGCAGCGGCACAGAGAAGCAAUUGCUACGAGAGCGUAUAAGGAAGAUGCUUAUUAAUGCAGGCUGGACAAUUGAUUAUAGACCUAGAAGGAACAGAGACUAUUUAGAUGCAGUCUACAUUAAUCCCACAGGAACAGCUUAUUGGUCCAUCAUCAAGGCUUAUGAUGCACUUCAAAAACAAUUAGAUUUUGAGGACAAUAGCUUCAAACCUAGUGGGGACUCUUCUCCAUUCACUCCAAUAUCAGAGGAGGUACUCAGUAAAUUAACUAGGCAAACCCGGAAGAAAAUAGAGAAAGAAAUGAAAAAGAAGCAAAGAGAAGGUGGUUGGAGUGAGAAUGCAAAAGGAGUGGCUGUGAGAAAUUCUGCAACUACCAAGAAACAUACAGAGAGCAGUGACAGUGGUGGCCACGAAGAGAAAUUGAGUUCCUUCAUAAGGCACAAUGGCCGGUCACUGAAGGGUAGACCACAUGAAAUAGAUUAUGUGAAUGUGAGUAAUUCAACCAGUAGCACAUACAAGGGAGCAACCAAGCACGAUAGGAUUGAAAGACUUUCCUCUGCAUCCAAUUCUCGUGUGCUUUUAGGAAGGAAAAGUCGAAAAAUUGGCAGAUGUACUUUGUUGGUACGCAGUUCUGGUAAGGGUCAGCAUUUGGAAACUGAUGGCUUUGUUCCGUAUACAGGGAAGCGAACCCUGCUGUCCUGGAUGAUUGACUCUGGAACUGUGCAAUUGAGUGAAAAAGUACAGUAUAUGAAUCGCAGACGCACACGAAUAAUGUUGGAGGGCUGGAUCACAAGAGAUGGCAUUCAUUGUGGUUGCUGCAGUAAAAUUCUCACAGUCUCCAAGUUUGAGAUUCAUGCUGGAAGCAAAUUGCGUCAGCCAUUCCAAAAUAUAUUUUUGGAAUCUGGAGAUUCCCUUCUGCAAUGCCAGCUAGAAGCAUGGAACCGGCAAGAGGAGUCUGAACGUUGCGGUUUCCACCAUGUAGACACUGAUGGCGAUGAUCCAAAUGAUGAUACCUGUGGCAUCUGUGCAGAUGGUGGUGAUUUGAUCUGUUGUGAUGGUUGUCCAUCAACAUUUCAUCUGAGCUGCUUACACAUACAGAUGCCUUCCCCUGGUGAUUGGCACUGUCCAAAUUGUUCAUGUAAAUUUUGUGGAGUGCUGGAUGGGAAUUUUUCUCAAGGAAAUGAUAUUACUGUAGGUGCACUGCUAAGGUGCAGUCUAUGUCAGAAAAAAUAUCAUGAAUCAUGCAUUCCAGAGAAUGAUGCUGUACCAAUGGGUUCCAGUACUCUACCAACUUCUUUCUGCGGGAAGAACUGUAGAGAGCUUUAUGAGCGUUUACAGAAGUUCCUUGGUGUUAAGCAUGAACUUGAAGCAGGAUUUACAUGGUCCCUUAUUCAUCGAACAGAUCCAGACUCAGAUACAUCUCUCAGAGGCUUUCCUCAAAGGGUAGAGUGCAACUCUAAGCUGGCUGUUGCACUGAGUAUUAUGGAUGAAUGUUUUUUGCCUAUUUUUGACCGUAGGAGUGGAAUCAAUUUGAUUCAUAAUGUUCUUUAUAAUUGCGGAUCAAACUUCAGCCGGUUGGACUAUAGUGGCUUCUACACAGCCAUUUUGGAGAAGGGUGAUGAAAUAAUCUCUGCUGCAUCUAUCAGGAUCCAUGGGACACAACUAGCAGAAAUGCCUUUCAUUGGAACCCGCCAUAUCUAUAGGCGCCAGGGGAUGUGUCGUCGGCUUUUUUGUGCCAUUGAACCGGCUCUCAGUUCUCUUAAAGUUAAGAGACUGAUUAUACCUGCCAUAUCCGAUCUCAUGCACACAUGGACUGGAGUUUUUGGUUUCAAUCCUCUUGAAGAAUCGCAUAAGCAAGAAAUGAGGUCCUUGAACAUGUUAGCCUUCCCUGGUAUGGAUAUGUUACAAAAACAAUUAUUGGAGCAAGAGACUACCGAGGCAAACAUAACUGCAAGCACAGGUGCAAGGACCAUUGGAUUUAAAGGCAACUACUGUAGUGCGAAUGAUUUAGUAACGAAAUCUGAUAUGGAUUCCUCUGUGGAGCAUGACCUCCAUGUUUGCAAUGAUGCCAAGUUGCAUGAUACUGAUUGGAUAAAUGACAAAGGUGGGACUGCUGACUCUGUGACCGAUUUAGCUACUAAAUCAGAUUUGGAUUCUUCUGUGGGGCAUGAUCUCCAUGUUUGCAAUGAUGAUGACGUGCAUGAUGCAGAUGCAAUAAAUGACAAAGUUGCUGCCACUGAUUCUGCUAUUGAUGUAGCAACUAAAUCUGAUGUGGAGUCCUCUGCAUGCCUCCACGGAGGCAAUGGCAUGCUUGGUGUAGAUGGGAUGAAUGACAAAGUUGCUGGUGCUGAUUCCACGACUGCUUUAGCCACUAAAUCUGUUGUGGAUACAUCUGUGGCGAAUGGUCUCCAUUUGUGCAGUGAUAAUGGCAUACUUGAUUCUGAUGGGAUAAACCACAAAGCUGCUGCAGCUGAUUCUGGUUUGUUGGCUGUGGAUCUUCCCUCAAAUGAUAUAUCCCCGAUGAGUUGUUCUUCAGAUGCGCCUUGGGAUAACUUCCAAGUCCUUGCUGAAGGGAAUGUAUGUUCUAGUUCUCAGUUAAGGGAUAAGUUUGCUGAAUCUGUUUCUGUAGGAAAGCCUUUCCUUCCCUCUGAUGUGGAUGACAAUGUUCUUGAGAUGGAAAAACAUGCACCAGAUUCUACCAUUAAACACACUAUCCGGUCUUCUGCAGUAGUUGAAGCUGGUGCUCCAGAAGGAAACAUUGAAGCUGCUAGUGUCGAAAUCACCCGGGAUUCUCCAGGUGAAACUUAUGCAGAGAAUCUUAUUUAAUAUUCUGCUGAUGAAAUAAAUGAAAACCAGAACGCCACUUCUGUUUCUACUUUUCAUAGCACAAAUUAAAGUAUGAUGCAAUUUAUAACUCUGAUUUGCAUCGCCAGAAUGUGUUUGAGAUGAAAAGCAAAUCCCAUGUGCCUUCACAAGCUUCUGAUGGAACAAAUUGUCAAGAAAGUGCCUUACAUGCAUGUGCUGCAAGCUCAGGGACUGAUGCAUGUGUAAUGAAGACUGAAGCCACUGCUUCUGUUUGACAUUUCAACAUUCGUGCUGACAGCUUCAUAACCUCUCUACUCACAUCAUUACACUGCCGGAAUGAUGCUUUCAUAAUUGGUUUGAUGGUUCUGAGAAGGUUGGGUGCCAUUAUUGAACUGGCACCGACAAUUGCUUAUGAUUCAUAGGAAAGCAGUCAUCAAUGCACCAUUUGAGUAUGAUUUUCAGGGUUCCAGCCCUUGCUUCUUGCAAUAUAUUUUAUUUGUUCCUCAAGGUUAUAUGAACAUGCCCUGAAUUGAAUGACUUGAGACCACUCAGUGAAGCGAAGGUGCUGUUGUGUAACAUAACCUCCCCAGCUUGUGCAGCGGGUGUUGUUGAAAUGUGCUGAAUCAAAUCACUGAAUCUCUCUCGAGCAGCUUCUCCCAAUGUGUAUAUAUAUACAUCAAGGUCUGCCAGCCAGGCACGCAGGUUCUGAGUUUGAUUCCGAGUCCUGUAAUUCAUUUGUUGUUAUACAGUGUGAGCUAUGGUCUAUUCUCAAGGGGAUGAAUUGAAUAUUUAAAAAAUUUAGUUCA